ACCUCCACAGAACACAGAAGUCAGGGUUCUCCCCAGCACACACACUGUGACAGAGCAGCUCCUCAGGCCUCCAAGAUGCCCGGCCCUGCCUCCCGGAUCCACCGCCCUCCUCCUUGCCUGCUGCUGACUCUGCUGCUGGGACUCACAGGAGCAGCAGGUGAGGAGCUGCAGGUGAAUCAGCCUGACAAGUCAGUGUCGGUCGCAGCUGGAGAGACGGCCACUCUGCGCUGCACUAUGACCUCCCUGAACCCCGAGGGGCCCGUCCAGUGGUUCAGGGGGAAAGGGCCAGGCCGGAAGUUAAUCUACAAUUUCAAAGGAGGCCCCUUCCCCCGAGUGACAACUGUUUCAGACCACACAAAGAAAAACAACAGGAACUUUUCCAUCCACAUCAGAAACAUCACCCCAGCAGACACUGGUAUCUACUAUUGUGUGAAGUUCCAGAAGGGGAAACUUGACAAGGAUUUUAAGUCUGGACCAGGCACCCAGCUCACCGUGAGAGAAAUGCCAGCUGCCCCCGUGCUUUCAGGCCCCACGGCGAGGGCCCCACCCAAGCAGACAGGGAGCUUCACCUGCGAGUCCCACGGCUUCUCCCCCAGAAACAUCACCCUGAAAUGGUUCAAAAAUGGCAAUGAGCUCCCAAUCUCCCAGACCAAUGUGGACCCAGAAGGAGACAGCGUGUCCUGCAGCAUCUCCAGCACAGCACACGUGCUGCUGGCCCUGGGGGAUGUUUGCUCCUAGGUCAUUUGUGAGGUGGCCCACGUCACCCUGCAGGGGGUCCCUCCUCUUCGUGGGAUGGCCAACUUGUCUGAGACCAUCCGAGUUCCGCCCACCUUGGAGGUUUCCCAACACCCCAUGGCAGGGAACCUGGUGAACGUCACCUGCCAGGCGAACAAGUUCUACCCUCCGCGCCUAAAGCUGACCUGGUUGGAGAAUGGAAACGUGACCCGAACAGAAACAGCCUCAACCCUCAUAGAGAGCAAGGAUGGGACGUUUAACUGGACAAGCUGGCUGCUGGUGAACUCAUCUACCCACAGGGAGGAUGUGGUGCUCACCUGCCAGGUGGAGCGUGACGGACAGCCGGCGAUCAGCAAACAGCAUACGCUGAAGGCCUCUGCCCACCAAAAGGAGCAGGACACAGGUGGAACCCCUGGCCUAGAGCUGUCUACUGGCCCUCUGGUUGUCCUCCUCCUAGGCAUAACGGUGCUGCUGGCCAUCGUGGUGUCUGCCAUCUACAUCCACAGGAAGCGGAGGGCCUGACUCUCCUACCUUCCUUUGGUGAUACCUGCCGCCUUCAAUCUCUGUUGCUUCUUUUCUUCCCUGAAGAGCCCAGCCUAAGAAAAGAAGAUGACUAGAACCUUCCAAGACUGCUCCAGAUGCCUCCCCUCCCUGGAGACCUGCCUGCUCACACUCUCCUGCUGCUUGUUCUCACAGUCCUAGAUGCCCCCAGAGUUGGGUCUUCAUAUAUGGUCCUGAGCGUGGGCCAUGGCAACUAGCUCUGUGGACUGACUCCUCAUCUUCCUGGAAUGUGAGAAACAAGUCAAAUCUACACAUAGCAGGAUGUCUCUCAUCCCUCGCCUUGGGACUUGGCCAUGAACUACACACUCAUGUCCGUGCAUCAAGAGUUAUUCUAUCUUCUAGAUCCCUGCCUACCCCUCAUUCUCCAGCCUUGUUGAGGUUUUCUACUGUCUCUUGAGGUCAAAUGAACAUCCUUCUUGAUUCUUUUUUUCCUGAGGUAGUUUGUCCCUGAGCUAUCAUCUGUGCCCAUCUUCCUUUAUUUGUAUGUGGAUCGCUGAUGAGCAGUGGAUAGGUCCAAGCCCAGGAUCCGAACCUGUGAACCCCAGGUCCCCGAAGUGGAGUGUGAGAAUUUAACCACUGUGCAACCUGGCCAGCCCCCUACCAGAUCCUGACUUUGAGAAGAAAAACUAUUUUCCUUCCCUGUUGCCUAAACAUCCUACUCCUCAAAUCCAGAAAGAACAUUUCCCUCGUCUCUCUGUGAUGUAAACUCUAAAUUCUUCCAUCCUCUUGCAUCCUUCCCAGCCCUGUUGCUCAUGGUCCACAUGCUGUCAGUCCAAAUGCCAUGGAGUCAUCUUUGAUUUCUCUUUAUCCACAUCCCAUCUUCAAUUCUACCUUCAACAUGCUUAUGUGUAGUGGUGAGAUGGCAAAUGUUAAACGAUUGAUUCUCCAAAAGAAAAAAAGUCUUGAUUUCUAGUGCUUGCCAAUUUCUGUGGUGUAAACACUGCCAAUGAGGCCAAUUGAAGCUGCCAGCAGUUUAACAAACAGUUUGUGAAAGUCCUAAAAAUGUAACCAUCAGUCCCCAUGAGCCUGUCCAAGCCUUCCCCUGCACACCACUGAGAUAGAUCCAUAAUCUGCACAUGUCUCACCCACCGCUACUCCCUGGUCCCAGCCACCAUCAUCUCUUCCUGCACCAUCGCUAUAGUCUCUAACUGGAUUUCCUGUUUCAACCACAGAAAUUGUUUGCGAAUGUCACUCCUCUGCUUUCUGCCAACAUCCCCUCUUGGUUCACUCUCUGCUUCUUUCAAGAUUCUGCUCAAAAGUUACUUCAGUAAAGUCAACUUCCAUAAACCACCUUAAUUGAAAUAUCAGUUCCUCUCUCUCACCUGCCAUUCCAAUUCCUCUUGACCUGAUUGGUCUGGUUCCUUAGCACUUACUACCAUCUGACAUACUAAACACGGCAGUGCUCACUUUGCACGGUAGUGCAGGACCGUAAGAAUGACCCUGCAAACUGAAACCAUGGAAAAUGACCUCAAUACUCAAUGGAACUAAUAAUGAUUGUGCUGUGUGUGACCUUUAAAAUUUUUUCCCAAACAUUAGAAACUCUCUUAGUGUCAGUUUUAAAUGUAGAGGAAAAUUAAAAAAUAGAAAAACUAAUAUUGAUUUAGUGUACUUUCACUUGAAUCAUGAGAAACAUUGAGAAUGAAAGUAUUUUAUUUAUUUGUGAAAACGUAUCAAGAGCAGUUUGAACAGUGUUUACCUUCUUCUUGUUGCGUAAUUUACAAUAUAGAGCGAGCAUCUUUCCUCUGCCUGUGUGAAUCAUCAGACUCUUUUCUAAGUUUGUAUCAGCCUCCCUUGUGCUCUCACUGUUGUGAAAUCUUUACAAAGUUCCUUUAAGUUGAAGUAUUUGCUGGUGUCACUGCCUCUGGGACAUUUUCACCCUUUUCCUCACCACCACUUCCCUCAUUUAUGUGGUAAGUUUGCUUUCAUUAAGUUCCUCCUGCUGCAUACCCAGAAUCUAACAGUAUCAGUGUCAACAUCCCCACGGUCAGCUGUUUCUUCUGUAACUCCACUUACAUUGUAUUUGCCUUUCACUUCCAGCCUCAUCACUUUUCAUUUCUCCAUUGCACUUUCAUCUCUGUUGUCCAUUCCCUUUGGCGAUAAUUCUUUUUUAUAAACUGCCAUUUGGGUAUAUCACUGGGAGACAAGGAGAAAACACAGCUACAUGCUUUGCAGUCCGUGCGUACACUGAGUAACAGAGUCCCAGUGAUCAAUCACUAUAGACUUUGAAAGAAGUCAUGUAAUUAAUUACUGAUCAUAAAGAGCAUCUGUUAGUUACAUAGUGGUUUGUGAACUGAAGAAAAGCCAGCAGCCAAGUUUGUACUUAUGCAAUUGCUCUCAUCAAACUUACUGUGGUAGCUGGAAUUUGAACAGUGUGUUGAGGGACUGAUGGUAUUUAACUGAGCCGUGGUAACUGAAAUUCAUGCAGAUCAGCACCAUGCCAAGUGAGAUCUGCUUGUGUGCAUCUCUUCCUCAAACAGGAUGUCACUCUAACAAGAAGGGACUAUCUGUAUCCUCAGUGCCAGAACAGUGACUGCCAUAUGGUAGAUCAUCACAUUUUUUUUUAAAUAAGUGAAUGAAUACUUCAUUGAGGACAUUGGUUUCUACUAGAUGUUGGGUUUCAAAAUAAAAUUUUCCUUUGUUCAGUCA